AUGGCGGCCGCAUUUGUACCCCGUCAGACGUUUCCCAACUAUGCGUCGAUCCCCAGGUCGUACUUCCUGGGCCACCAUAGAGCCGGUUUGCGGAAGAUGCAGAAUAUGCUCUCGUCGAUUGACUAUGUCAUUGAGUGCCGGGAUUACCGAGUUCCAGUCACCUCCAUGAACCCCAUGUUCGAAGAAGCGCUGGGAAAGACGAGGCGACUGGUUGUCUAUACCAAGAGAGAUCUGGGUGCGGAAUCUGGGUCGACUGCCCAGAAAACAGCAGAAAAAACCAUUCGAACCUUUAACAAGAACGGAGAUUCACUCUUUGUCAGCUCAUCGUCCCGGAUGGACGUCGGCACGAUCCUAAAACACUUGCGAGACGAUGCGGGAAUCCCCGAGAGGCUAGUCGGCUGCCGAGUGAUGGUGGUCGGCAUGCCCAAUGUGGGCAAAUCCACAUUAAUCAACAACCUGCGCAAUCAAGGCGUGGGAAAGGCCAAGGCUGUACGGACCGGGGGCCAACCGGGUAUAACGAGAAAGAUUGCUUCGCCCGUGAAGAUUAUCGAGCGCGAGAAUGGCUCCCAUGUCUACGUCUUGGACACACCCGGUGUCUUCAUGCCGUACGUGCCGGAAGCAGAGAACAUGCUGAAAUUGGCCCUGUGUGGCUGUGUCAAGGAUUCGGUCAUCGCACCCGUCACCCUGGCCGACUACCUAUUGUACCACAUAAACCUGCACGAUGCCCAAGUAUAUCAGCGGUGGUCUUCUCCAACAAAUGAGAUUGUACCGCUAUUGAAUGACUUCGCGCGCCAGACCGGCCUUCUGUCCAAAGGUGGAAUACCCAACACGGAGCUUGCAGCGCUGCAUUUCAUUCAGAAGUGGCGCGGCGGGGAUCUGGGCAAGUUCAUCCUGGAUGAUUUGCAGGCAGAGGAGCAACGUCUGCUGGAAGGCGGAGAAAAGGAAAUUAGCAUCAGUCGCACGCAGGCUUUGAAGGCUGACAAGCUGGCACGGAAGCAACCCAAGCUGUAA